AUGAGACAAUUUCAGAUCAUAUUAAUUUCUCUUGUUGUUUCCAUAAUAAGAUCUGUUGUUGCAGAUGUGGACAUCACAUCACCAAAGAGUGGUGACUCCUAUUCCGGUAGUUCUGGAUCAGCAAGUAUCAAGAUUGCUUGGGAUGAUUCAGAUGAUUCAGAUUCACCGAAAUCUUUGGCUAAUGCCAAAGGGUACACAAUCUCUUUAUGUGCAGGGCCGACUUCAGAUGGGAAGAUCCAGUGUUUGGAUCCAUUAGUCAAGAAUGAAGCUGUUUCAGACAAAUCUAAAACUGUUUCCAUCAAACAGAAUUCAGUACCUAACGGUUAUUACUAUUUCCAAGUUUAUGUUACUUUCAAUAAUGGAGGUUCCACUAUUCAUUAUUCACCACGUUUCAAAUUAACCGGUAUGUCAGGCCCAACUGCCACUUUGGACGUUACCGAAACAGGAGCAGUGCCAGAGGAUCAAGCUUCAGGAUUUGAUACUGCAACGACCGCUGACUCCAAAUCUUUUACAGUUCCAUAUACCCUACAAACAGGGAAGACGAGAUAUGCACCAAUGCAAAUGCAACCAGGUACCAAAGUUACUGCUACAACCUGGAGUAUGAAGUUCCCAACCAGUACUGUUACUUACUACUCAACAAAGGCUGGAACCCCAAAUGUGGCCUCUACUAUUACACCAGGGUGGAGUUACACAGCUGAAUCUGCUGUCAACUAUGCCAGUGUUGCUCCAUAUCCAACGUAUUGGUACCCUGCCAGUGAAAGAGUGAGUAAGGCCACAAUUAGUGCUGCUACAAAGAGAAGAAGAUGGUUGGAUUGA